AUAUACAGCUAAAUAUAUUCCCCGCACCACGACUAAGCAACACCGAAGAACACCAAAUUUAAGGGCAUCCAUUACUUCCUUUACGAAUCCACAGUGUAGAGCACAACAAACAAAAGCACAUCCAUAUUCAAAAUGUCAAAAGCAGUCUUUCUCUCCCGAACGGAGGGUAAACCCGGGCAGGUUUACUAUCCCCUCUCCGUGCAAAACCUACCCCAGCCGACACCAGAGGGUCGCGAGUUACUGGUGAAAAUCACCGCGGCGUCGCUGAACCAUCGUGAUGUCUUCCUGCGCCAGCAUCUUUACCCCGGUAUUACAUUCGACGUUCCUCUGGGGGCCGAUGGGGUGGGCGUGGUCGUCGGUGCUGGUCCCGCGGUGUCGAACCUAGAGCGGUGGCAGGGCAAGCGGGUGAUACUGAACCCGGGAACGGGUUGGAAGGACUCGCCUGAUGGACCGGAAGACCCCAAGGGCUAUCGGAUCAUGGGCGGUACUAAGCUCUACAAUAAGGGAACCAUGCAGGAGUACCUCACCAUCGACGAGUCCGAGGUCGAAGAAGCCCCCGAGCACUUGUCCGAUGCGGAGGCCGCUGCUUUGCCCUUGACGGGAUUGACCGCAUGGAGAGCCUUGGUGGUCAAGGCGGGCGAGAGAAACUCGGGCAAGGGGGCUGCGGUUUUGCUUACUGGUAUUGGAGGGGGUGUUGCACUGAUGGCACUUCGGUUCGCCGUGGCCAAGGGCGCAGAUGUCUACGUGACAAGCUCCAGCCCAGAGAAGAUUCAGAAGGCAAUCGAAUUAGGUGCAAAGGGUGGUGUAAACUACAAGGAAGAAGCCUGGGAGAAGAAGCUCCUUACGAUGCUACCCCCGGGAAAGAAGGCUUUCGAUGCUAUUAUUGAUGGCGCCGGUGGCGAUUCGGUUGAGAAGGCGGUCAAAUUGCUCAAGGCUGGUGGUGUGCUCUCGGUCUAUGGAAUGACUGUCUCCCCCAAGAUGCCUUUCUUGAUGCAGGCUGUCUUGAAGAACAUUGACGUCCGUGGCUCGACUAUGGGUUCCCGCAAGGAAUUCGAAGAGAUGGUUGACUUCGUCAGAGCAAACAAGAUCCACCCGGUGAUCUCGCGCGUUCUGCAGACCGAGCUGGGUGACAUCGCCGGGCUCGACGGGCUAUUCCAGGAUAUGAAGGAAGGCAAGCAGUUCGGGAAGUUGGUCGUCGAAUUCGGGAAGGCUUCGGGAUGCAAAUUGUAAGGAUCUAACUUGGUACUUGAAUCAUUAGCGAAUCUCAUCGUAUAGUGAGGUAUGUAUACAUUGUCCCGGUCGGGAUGGAUGAGGCUCACCGUGUGAUUGCCGAUGAACUUGGUAUACAGCAACCACAAAGGCCUAGAACGAGUGAUGAAUAGAUAUUAUUUGUAGUCAUGAGUACUCUUACCUUUGAUAUGAUCUAGUCCGCCGGGUCGCGCUUUCCUU